AUGGCGGAGCACUACAACCGCGACAGCGAGCCUACGACGCGCACGCUCUUGCGGCGCGUGCUGGAUACUGCGGAUACGCGCACCCCGCGGCGACGCCGGAGUGCUAGAAUUGGUGCCCAGAAAGCUCUACUUGAAACACCUUCCUCUAGGAGGCUGAGCACCCCAACAAAGAUGAAUGUGAGGCGAGGUUCCCAUAGAGCUAGGUCUAUUGGCAGAUUGGCCCAUGUUCAUACCAGUGGGAACCUGGAGGAACAGACACCCCGGACUCUGCUGAAAAACAUAAUUCUAACUGCCCCAGAAUCUUCCAUCAUGACGCCAAAAUCUGUGGUGAAGCCAGUGCCGACACCGCAAGUGGUCCGGUCCUCUAGACAGGAAAGCAGUCGGGGCAGCCUGGAGCUGCAACUUCCUGAGCUUGAGCCCCCCACAACCCUGGCUCUAGGUCUUCUGGCUCCUGGCAGGAAGAAGCAGAGGCUGAGAUUGUCAGUGUUUCAGCACGAAAUGGACCAAGAACUGCCUCUCUCCCAAGAGCCUCGUGGGAAUGCCAGUGCCUCCUCCCUCACCAGCUCCCUCAGUUUGACCUUUGCCACGCCUCUCCAACCACAGUCAGUACAGAGGCCUGGCUUGGCUCGCAGACCUCCUACCCGCCGAGCUGUAGAUGUGGGUGCAUUUUUGCAGGAUCUGCGAGAGACUUCUUUGGCCUUGGCUUCUCCGGGUGACAGCCUCAGAACCCCUGUUGCCACCCUGCCAACGGAUACCGUGUUGGAGGACACUCAGCCCUUCUCCCAGCCCUUGGUUGGCCAUUCCCCCAGUGUGUACCACUCCCUGCCCUUUCUCUCUCACACUGAGGCGGAAAAUGCUGAGAGGGCUGUCAGUCGUAGGACACAGAGCAGUGGGUCUAGGCUGCAGAACCACAAUCCUGGAAAACCAGCUCAACUUCUGGCAGGAAAGGCAAAGAAAAUUGAUGUCCUUGCUGUGAGCCUCCCAAACAAUAGCAGUGCUAUCUCUGGAGAAGAUAGAGUAGAGCCCUUACAGAAUGGAGUUGGCGAGGAGGCAGAGGAAAGGAUGGAGGAAAGUUUGAGUGUGAGUGAAGUGAUGGGCUCAACAGGAACACAAGGUUCUGUCAGGACAGAAAAGUCUAAGGGACAUGGAGAAAUGACUGAAGCUCUUGAGGCCAAGGAGCCAGAAGGAUCUUCAGAAGAUGAGGACAUCUCUGGCAGGACAGCAAGUCCAGAGUUGGCCUCCAGCACCACUGAGUUUCUUCAGGCCAGGCAACCUCAGUUUCUUGAGCCAGCCCCACCGCCUACCACUACAGUCUUAUCUUCAGAGCCUCUGGAGCCUCUACCGACCAGGCAUCCCCCCAGGGCCCGAACCCAUGGCUCCAGGCCCCGUCAAGAUCCCCACAAGACUGGAUUAAGCCACUAUGUGAAACUCUUUAGCUUCUAUGCUAAGAUGCCCAUGGAGAAGAAGGCUCUUGAGAUGGUGGAGAAGUGCCUGGACAAGUAUUUCCAGCAUCUUUGUGAUGACCUGGAGGUAUUUUCUGCUCAUGCUGGCCGCAAGACUGUGAGGCCAGAGGACCUGGAACUGUUGAUGCGACGGGGAAGUUGCUCUUGAGGACAGUGCUGUUGGGAGACACAAGGGCCAAGAGACCUGGCUGAGGCCUGCUCACCCAUCUUCCUGUACCCCUCUGCCAGCCCCAACAGUGCUCAAAAUGGACAAGUGUUGAGGCUGUGAGCCCUUCCUGCCAGGCUCCCCUUUCCCCUGCAUAUCUGGGAGCCUGGCCAGAAGAAAUGUUGGACAGGAGUUUGGAUAGCUGGACCAGACUCUCAC